UUCUAUCCCAAAGGAGGGUUCGCUUACUCGGUGCUAUGUCUACUACGUACUCCCGUACUCAGGAGAGCGACGCGUGGGCCCUUCUGGCACUGAAGUCGGCACCGGCCAGCCCGACAAAAAUGCAGUGGAACCCGGAAGCAAAAGGUGCACCGAUUGCACGGCUAGAGGGUCGCGAAUUUGAAUACAUGGUUAGACAGCGACGUAUCACUAUCGGACGUAACAGCAGCAAGGGUGAGGUCGACGUCAACAUGGGCCACUCCAGCUUUAUCUCACGACGACACCUUGAAAUCUUUUAUGAUCAUCCUUUUUUCUUUAUGAUUUGUAAUGGUAAAAAUGGUGUUUUUGUUGAUGGGGUUUUUCAACGAAAGGCCGCGCCUGCCUUCCAAUUACCAAAGACAUGCACAUUCAGAUUUCCAAGUACAAAUAUAAGACUCGUAUUUCAAUCAUUAGUGGAUGAACAAGAACAAAGUAACAUACGUGUACCUUCUCCUCCAAAACAUAGAGCACCAUUACCACCGUUACGUAUUAAUAUUCCGGAUGCAGGCUAUAGUAGUCCAUUUCCUUCUCCUACUGGGACAAUUAGUGCUGCUAAUUCAUGUCCUGCUAGUCCACGUGCAGGACAAGGAAGGAGAAACAUAUCUGCAGAUCUCCAAAUGGUAGCUGUUUAUGCAGCUGCUGUUGCAAAUGAUCCUCAAAAUUCUAAUAUCGACAGACAUGAAGGAGGGCAAAGUUCUAAUAGACAAAUAAGCCCUGAGCCUGGUGUUGAGUCAAGAUACAGAGGUGGAAGUAAUAGCGGUCCAAACGGCACAACAGCACACUGUAGUCCACCAAAAGAUGAUUCUAAACCUCCAUAUUCAUAUGCACAGCUAAUUGUUCAAGCAAUUGCGUCAGCUGCAGAUAAGCAGCUCACAUUGUCUGGCAUUUAUUCUUAUAUUACCAAGAAUUAUCCAUAUUAUAGAACUGCAGAUAAAGGAUGGCAAAAUUCAAUAAGGCAUAAUCUUUCAUUAAAUCGUUAUUUUAUUAAAGUACCAAGAAGUCAAGAAGAACCUGGAAAGGGAUCUUUUUGGCGGAUAGAUCCACAAUCAGAAGCUAAACUUAUAGAACAAGCAUUCAGACGAAGAAGGCAACGUGGAGUACCAUGUUUUCGUGCCCCAUUUGGUCUUUCAUCUAGGAGUGCACCUGCAUCGCCAUCUCAUGUUGGUAUCAGUGGCUUAAUGACACCAGAAUGUCUUAGUAGAGAAGCCUCACCUGGGCCAGAAUCUUAUCCAGAUAGCACUGUGUCUUCUCCAGCUGGUCAGUUGACUAGUCAAUCCGCACCAGGCUCACCUGGUCAUCCAUAUGCAUCCUCAAGUCAGUCAUCUCAUAAAGGUCGCCUAAUGCAACAGAUUACUGUUGUCACCAAUGGUGUUAGUAGUGAUGCGACUAGAGAAGAUAAAUAUGUCAUAUCUGGAAACACUACGGAAGAACAUUCUCUUUCUCCAGCUGGUCAAUAUAGUCCAGCUCCUGUUAUUGUACAGACCACAUAUAAUUAUAGUGGAAGCUUUAUUGGUCCCGACGCAGGCGUCGGAGUUGCAAAGCGUUCACACGAAGAAUCGGAUAGUUCUCCAGGUUCACCGGCACCGCUUGCCAUUGUUGAAAGUCCCGAACCAGCUGAACAUCAACAGCCACCGACUAAACGUCAACGUGUUCAUGAAAUGGAGGACCACUGAACGAUCGUUGUCCUAGACUAUCGUUAUGUAGGACAUUUUUUGUUACAUCGCGCUACUCGCUCAUUGUCAAAUGUAUCUGCACGCGCGUGUACCUCACACUUGUUCGUGUGUGCGUCCGUCAACACGUGCACGCUUCAUGUUCAGAAUUUCGAAUCGAUGUUCAUAUCCAUACCGCGUUUAAGUCUCUCCAUACAUUUUCAUCUUUGGUGCGCGUGCGUCGACAAAUACGUACAUGUACACACUUUGUUCUGUACUAUUUUUCAUUUUACCACAUCGUGGUUACUUUAGUUUCUGCGUAUGAUAAAUACUCGAUACAGUUUAUUGUUUUACGCAACAAGUGAAAUAUUCGUAAAAAAAAGCGAGAGCAGACAAAGUUAUUCCCUCGUCUUACAU